CCUGUGCGAUGAAGCUGAACACAUUCAUGUUCCCAUUGCUCUUGCAUCGGUCAGCAGUGUUAGAGAAAAUACAUGCCUUGGUCUGUUCACAAUGGGGGAUCAAGACACCAUGACAGAAGUGCCUGCUGCCCUGAAAAGACUUGCCAAAUACCUGGUCCGAGGGUUCUAUGGUCUUGAGUACUCCCUGACCCUGGAUGUGCUCAUCAGAUACCCAUGUGUCAAGGAAGAGGACAUUGGCCUGCUCCUCAAGUUUGAAAAGAAGCAACUUCGAACCAUCCUGCAAACUCUGAGGUCUGAUAAAAUCAUCAAGCUUCACAUGCGUGUCCAGACUGGACCAAAUGGCAAGAGUUGCAAAUACAAUUAUUACUACAUCAACUACAAGGUGCUUGUAGAUGUUAUUAAAUAUAAACUUGAUCACAUUCGCCGCAAGAUCGAGUCAGAUGAGAGGGAGUCCACCAACAGAGCUUCAUUUAAGUGCCCUGGAUGUUCCAGCACCUACUCCGACCUGGAAGUCAACCAGCUAUUUGACCCAUUUACAGAACUCUUUCGCUGUACCUACUGCAAUCAAGAAGUUGAAGAGGAUUUUUCAUCACUACCCAAAAGAGAUGCCAGAACACUACUGGCUAAAUUCAAUGAGCAGAUCGAACCAAUUUUUCUGCUGCUUCGGGAAACAGAAGACAUUGUCCUUCCAAGUGAGCUGCUCGAGCCUCAGCCGACUGAAAUUCCAGGACUUGCUGACAGCUAUGAACAGUCUGCCACCAAUGCUGCUGUAGAUCUUCAAGGAAGCCAAGGAAGAUGGGCCGACAAAAGCUCAUCUAUGGGUAACAUGUAUGUGCAAAAUAUUACCAUUAAUGUUCGUGAACCAGAGCUGAAAAAGAAAAAGGACAAGAAGGUGAAGGAGCAGCCGAUCUGGAUGACAAAUAGUACAGUGCAUGAAGUCCCUCCAGAACUGAGUGAAAGCUUCCCAACUGAUAUACCAGAGGUUGAUGAAAAUGCCAACAAGAAAGACAGCGGUGGUGACAAUGAGGUCAUCAGAACUCUUCUAAUCCAUGAAAUGAAAUCUGGAUCUGGUCCCACUCCAACCCAGAUUUCUAAAAGUGAUUCAGACAGUGAUACUAGUGAAUCUGAUGAAGAAAAAAAGCACACCAAGCCUACUCCAAUAAACCCCAGUAACACUGCAGAGCAGGAGCAGGAGGAGGAGCAGGAGGAGGAAGGAGAGGCUGUAGAUCCAGUGGUUAUGGUUGGCGGUCAGCCCCAUGUGUAUAGCGAGGUCAGUCAGAACCCCAUGCUGGUGUCCUUCAUGACCGAUGAGGAGAGAGAAGCUUAUAUCAAAAUAGGACAACAAAUGUUCCAGUCUGCAUUUGAAUGAUGGGUAAUUUAACAUAUCCUACUAAGAAGCCCUACGCAAUGCAAAAAAAUGCUUUUUCGAUUAUUUAUUUUUAUGGUUUCGCAUGUCCUGUGCAUCAAGAAUCUCAGUUUUUUCCUGCAGAGAUAUAUAUACGGUGUGUAUAUAUUUCACUGUUUUCAUAUGUUGUUGGGUGUAUGCUGUAUGAAUAAAAUAUUGCUGCAUA